CUUUGGCAUGUGAGGUUUUAUUAGUGUUUUGUAGCUCAAGUAAUAAUAGAAAAACAACCAUGGUUAGCUAAAGUAUUAAAAGGCGGCUCCUAAUCUAUACCUUGGAUGGUCAUUGGUCAACAAUCUCUACCUUUCUCAUUUCUAAGUUCCUUCCUCUACUUGCCCUCUAUAUAUAUAUUAUUGUUCACCUUUGUCAUUGUCUUUGUCCCUCUCAAAAACCAAACUCUCUCAACACAAGAAGCAAGCAAUCAUGGAGGUGGUGAUACCAACCAGAACAGCCAUGGAUUUCGACUUCAAUAGCGCCCGAUCUUCGCCAUGUGUGACGGCCCCUUCGACGCCAAGGCGGUUCGGGGAGUUCUACAUGAGUGCACCAACAAGCCCAACUAGGAUGUCUGACUUUUACAGGGAGUUUGAAGAGUUCUCCAACAGCAAUUGGGAAGAUGGUGAGCCGCCAACUCAUGAAGGAGCCACACCAAAAUCUACCAAAUCGCCUAAGGAUGAGUUUGGCUUUGAGGACUUCGCAUUUGAUGUUAGUGAGGAGGUGGAAAGAACUUCUCUCUCAGCUGAAGAGCUUUUCGAUGGCGGCGUUAUCCGACCCUUUAAGCCUCCUCCUGCAACUAACACCCCCAGAACUCCGUCCUUUUUCCGUCAAGUUCUUUCGCCUAGAUGGAAAAAGGGUAAAGACCAUCCACUUGGGUCGUCGUCCACGACCCAAAUGGACAACACCACAAAGAGAAGUGAUCAGCACCAAAGAGGAAGAGACAGAACUCCUGCAGCCUUGUCAUCCUCUGUUUCGGGCCAUCGAGCAACAAGGUCCCUAUCUCCUUUGAGGGUUUCGGAGUAUCAAUGGGAAGAAGAAGAAAAACAACAGCAACAGCAGCAACAACAAAACAACAGACAGUUAGCUCCGAAAGCCAUGUUUUCUCCCUCUGCUGCUGCUUCAGCUUCAAAGGCUUCAAAGAAAUGGAAACUGAAAGACUUUCUGCUGUUUCGAAGCGCAUCAGAAGGAAGAGCAACAGAUAAAGAUCCAUUCCGAAAGUACUCAAAUCUGUUCAAGAAAAACGAAGAUGUCAAGAACUCCAGCUUCAGGUCCAUAGACAGCCCGGCGGCCACGAGCACAAGAAGAAGAGGGCCAGUUUCAGCUCAUGAGUUGCAUUACACUAUGAACAAAGCAGUGUCUAAUGAUAUGAAGAAGAAGACCUUCUUGCCUUACAAGCAGGGCAUUUUGGGUCGAUUGGCCUUCAAUCCUGCUGUCAGUGCACUUGCCAAUGGCUUUGGGUCUCUUUCACGGUCCUGAAUCUGCCAUAGAAUUUGAUUAAUUUUUGAGAAAAUCUGCUGUUUUUCAUCAAAAUUUUUCUGCUGUAAAGUUGCCUAUUUAUUUGUUUUUAGCAGUGUAGAAUACAUACGUAAGAGGAUUGUGGUUGAUGGUUUGCAGUUAAAAACACAAAAAUCAGGCAUGAUUAUUGCCCCCAUUACUGCAUACACAUUCUUUCUUUCUUUCUUUGUUUUAUAUCAAAGUUUGUAAUUGGAGGAAUAUAUAAAUAUACAUACUGGAAGAAAGAAGCACAUAUUUAUCAAA